GGAGCACACGGCCCGGACCCAACAGUCCUUUCCUCGUCCUCCCCGAGGCCGCUCCUGUCCCCAACCCCUUCCCUCGAACUCCGCGGCGACCUCCCAGACCCGGACCUGAUCCCGACGCCACCGCCGGACCUCCCCGCCGUGCGCGCGAGGGUUCCUCCACGAGGGCCGCCGAUCUCCCGGGGUUCCGCCUGGUUCCUGCGAGGUCAAGUAAGGAUUACUCAAGUAACUGUGAACUGUGUGGUGUGCCUUUUCUGUCUGGCUUGGCAAUCAGUCUGCAUACAUUUGGAAGUUGGUUCGCUUUAACUCUGGAGGCUGAACCAUUGGUUGACACGUCGUGAUCUGACCUUGCUUACGCAUGCACGUUUUUUAACGCUAAGCACUAUGGAGUCCUGAAAACACAGAUGUGGUGCACAUGCUUGCUGCCAUUAUGAAUAACGACAAUGCUAAUGUCAUUGACUUGAUAUCGGAUAGUGAUGAUGAUUCUGAUUUUAACUUUGACUCCGAUGACCCAUCUGAUGGCGAGAAUGGUGAAGUGCAACCAGUUAGGUUUCAGGGGGGAGAUUGGUCAAGGAGCACUCCCUCAUCUUCUUCUACACCUACCAAAAAUAGUGAUGCUCAGUAUAGAACUCUGCCAUUUGCAAAUGGUAUUGAUAGUGAGAAGGCCCGUUAUGCUCUAGGUUCUGGAGGCGGUGCGCAUGCACAUUCAAGUUCAUAUGUGGGGUCAUCACAUGAUUCUGCAAGGGCCACUCUCUCUUCCAACAGAAUUAGCAGUGUAGUGAAGGAACUCAAUGGUUCGGCAGUAAAUCCAGAUGACAAUAACAAGAGGAUUGUUCCAUCAUCUUUUUCUAAUGGAAGCACACCAAAGUCUACACACCCAAAUGUUGCAAGUUAUAGCCGCAUACCCCCAUCACGUUUUCCCAAUGGAAAUUCACAGAGAUUAGGCCAAAGCAUGAUGGAAUCAAAUGAUGCCAAUCGAAUCGGGCAACCUUCUUCUUCAAGGUUCACAAGCCGAAGCUCAUCUUUGAGUAACGCCCAGAUGGCUAUCACGGAGGAGGAUGAUGAUGAUUUCUUUGUACAUGGUGGUACAAGUUCACGUAGGAUGCUGCCUUCAUCUUUUGGAGGCAAUAGUUCUGCUAAGAACAAUCAACUUGUUGAAGGUAAUGAUAUGCAAGCUUAUCCAAACCUAGAAAAUAGGUAUUUGGAUUCUGAUGAGAGAGCGGUAUAUCACGAGGCUAUCCAGAAUAUUAGUCAGCAUAAAAAGGAAGAUGAUCUGCCUGAGGGAACCCUCUCAGUAUCUCUGCUUAAGCACCAGAAAAUGGCAUUAGCUUGGAUGGUUUCGAAGGAGAAUAGCUCCCAUUGUGCUGGUGGAAUUCUCGCUGAUGAUCAGGGUCUUGGGAAGACAGUGUCUACAAUUGCCCUUAUACAAAAACAGAAAGCUCAGCAGUCUAAGUUCAUGUCCGCUGAUUCAGAUGCUUUGAAAUCUGAAGCACUAAACCUUGAUGAGGACGAUGAUGCAGUGACUAUUGUCGAUAAGGGGGAACAGACUCUGAACUAUGAACCCAAGAAGGAUCUAGACACUCAUUUAUCAUCGACAUCAGCUAGUACUAGUGGUGUUAAACCAUCUGUUAGUCAAAUAGACACUGUUCCUGUCAGAACAACUGAAAGCAAAGUUGAACGUAAAAAGAAGAGUAAAACAGACACAUCAGCUGCAUCAUCGACCAUGCGGUCCAUGACGAGGCCAGCUGCUGGUACUUUAGUAGUAUGCCCUGCUAGUGUUCUUAAGCAGUGGGCUAAUGAAUUGGUAGACAAGGUUAGCGAAAGUGCCAAGUUGUCUGUUUUAGUCUACCAUGGUGGUGCGAGAACCAAAGAUCCAAGUGAGCUUGCACAAUAUGAUGUUGUUGUUACUACAUAUACAAUUGUGGCGAAUGAAGUACCGAAACAGAAUGCUGAUGAUGACCCAGAUCGAAAGAAUGGUGGAGAAUCUUCUGGCAAUAGCAAAAAACCACCAAACAAGUCUAAGAAAAGGAAGAAGAAACUUAAGGAUUCAGAUUUUGACCUUGACAGCGGCCCAGUCGCGAGGGUAAGGUGGUUUAGAGUUGUUCUUGAUGAAGCUCAGACGAUAAAAAACUUCCGAACUCGAGUGGCUAAAGCCUGUUGUGGACUAAGAGCGAAAAGGAGGUGGUGCUUAUCAGGAACACCUAUACAAAAUGCAAUCGAUGAGCUGUACAGCUAUUUCCGUUUUUUGAAAUAUGACCCAUAUUCUACGUAUAGCUCAUUUUGUACAAUGAUAAAGCACCCAAUUGCCAGAGAUGCAGUUCAUGGAUAUAAGAAACUUCAAACUGUGUUGAGGAUAGUUCUCCUCCGCCGCACAAAAGAAACUAUGAUAAAUGGAGAACCUAUCAUAAACUUACCUCCAAAGACAAUUAAUCUGGUUAAGGUAGAUUUCAGAAAGGAGGAGCGGGCUUUCUAUAUGACAAUGGAAGAACGCUCGCGGCAACAGUUCAAGGAAUACGCUGCUGCUGGAACGGUCAAACAGAACUAUGCCAACAUUCUUUUGUUGUUGUUGCGCCUUAGGCAGGCCUGUGAUCAUCCUCUUCUUGUGAAGGGGCAUCAGACAGUAUUUAAAGGCGAUGGUUCAAUAGAGAUGGCAAAGCAACUUUCCAAGGAAAGGGUAAUAGAUUUGCUUGCAAGGCUGGAAGUAUCAUCCCUUUGUGCCAUAUGUCGUGACACACCUGAUGAUGCCGUUGUGGCGAUAUGUGGUCAUAUUUUCUGCUAUCAAUGUAUACACGAGCGGAUAACAAAUGAUGAAAACAUGUGCCCUGCUCCUAAUUGCAGAACCUCGUUAAGUACCGAAUCAGUAUUUUCGUCAGGAACAUUAAAGAUUUGUAUUUCUGGCAAGACCGGCACUUGCGCAACAAUGAGUACAUCAACAGAUGACGGGUUCUCCUCAAUCAGUCAAAGCAGUUACAUCUCCUCGAAGAUACAAGCUACCGUUGAUAAACUGAAUUCGAUCAUUAUCGAAGAUGCUGUAACAGACAGUGAUACUACUGAAUCAAAUCCAAGCCGAGUAGCCCCGGCGAAAGCCAUUGUCUUCACCCAGUGGACUGGCAUGCUAGAUUUGCUGGAGCUUUCACUGAACAGCAACCUUAUACAGUACAGGAGAUUAGAUGGAACAAUGUCCCUCAAUCAAAGAGAUAGAGCAGUGAGGGAUUUUAAUACUGACCCAGAGGUUAGAGUUAUGAUUAUGUCGUUGAAAGCAGGUAAUCUUGGUCUCAACAUGGUUGCUGCUUGCCAUGUAAUUCUCCUUGACCUUUGGUGGAAUCCUUAUGCUGAGGACCAAGCAAUUGAUAGAGCACACAGAAUUGGGCAGACUCGUCCUGUCAUUGUCUCUCGUAUGACCAUUAAAGAUUCGGUGGAAGAUCGUAUUUUAGCUCUGCAGGAGGAAAAGAGAGCCAUGGUCAACUCAGCUUUUGGCCAAGACAAAUCCGGUGGCCAUGCCACUCGGCUCAACGUAGAAGAUCUGAGAUACCUGUUUAGGAUGUGAUUGGGAGGGCAGAUCCCUCUGUUGCUAUGCUAGCUUCGCGACGCGAUGACAGCGAUUAUGCAUGCCGCCUGUAAUCUAUUUUGGAGCGAGGUGCUUUGUUGGACGGGGCCCUAUGUUCCUCACCGCCUCGACGUGGAUUCAUUUUUGUCAUGCUCUGGUCUGUCUAGAUGUGACGACGUCGGAGGGCUAGCUAGCUGGCCUGUGUAGUGCAACUAGCGACAUCGAGGAACCUGUCUUAGUGUAAACUGUCAGGCCCCAGCUUGUAGGAGAAUUCUGUCGUGCUCCUGUUUCCCUGUGAUGACUGUAGAUCCAUAUAUGUUACUGCAGUGACUUGUCCUU